CAACUCCUAAACCCUAAUCUCCACCCUCACCAGUCUCCACCCCUCACCUCCUCGGCUCCUCCCCUUCUCCCAUCCCCUCUCUCCCCCUCAAACAACCAUCCCUUCAAACCCUAAUCUCCAACAAAUAGAGGUGAAUCCCUGUCCAGCUCGAGGCCGUCGCUCGUCGUCGUCGUCGUCGUCGUCGCCGAGCUCGAGGCCGCUGACGCUGAGAUCUCGUCGCCUCUCAUCGAUUCGAGCAGCUUUCGACCCCUGAAUCCUCAGGUACGACUCUGCUCUCUCUCGCUCCAUCACGACCAUGGCGGCAGCAUCGACCGAAGGAGCUCCGACGGCGGCGGCCAUGGAGACAGAGGGCCGUCUUCCUCCUCGCCCUCAGUUCGAGGCGUUGAAGGCCCACGAGAUGACCGAUGGCAAGCCCCAAUUCCGCAAGGUUGUGGUCCCCGCUCACAGAUUCUCCCCGCUGAAGAAGAACUGGAUGGAGAUCUACACUCCGGUCUACGAGCAUAUGAAGAUCGAUAUCAGGAUGAAUCUCAAGGCCAGGAAAGUAGAGCUAAAAACUCAAAAAGACACCCCAGACGUCUCAAACCUUCAGAAAUGUGCGGAUUUUGUCCACGCCUUCAUGCUAGGAUUUGAUGUCGCAGAUGCCGUGGCCCUUCUCCGACUUGAUGAUCUCUACGUAGACUCUUUCGAGAUCAAGGAUGUCAAGACACUUCGAGGGGAGCACCUUUCUCGUGCAAUUGGCAGGCUUUCGGGAAAAGGGGGCAAAACAAAAUUUGCCAUUGAAAAUUCUACUCGUACUCGUAUAGUUAUAGCUGAUUCCAAAAUUCAUAUUCUGGGUUCCUUUUUGAACAUAAAGGUUGCUAGAGAUUCACUUUGUAGUCUCAUUUUAGGAUCUCCUGCAGGCAAGGUCUAUUCCAAGCUCAGAGCUGUGUCCGCAAGAUUAGCAGAGAAGUAUUGAUGGUGUGCAUUAUUUAUGAAAAAAAAAUGUUAAAUGAGUUUUUAUGUUUGAGUGGAUAAAAAAAUUUUGGUUAUCUAUAUUUCGGAGGAGUUAAGUAUUUGAUAUGCAGCUGUCUACUUAUUCAUUAUUGUACACCUGCCAAGGUGAUGUGUGCCUGUUGAAUACUUUGUAGGUACCUAUGUUUUGUCUUCACACGAGAGUUGUUUUGUUUCAUCUA